AUGUUGAAAGCAAAAUUCUUGGGUAACAUUCACUGUCCUCCCCGAGGCGUGGUCGCAGAGCCACUGCAUUCGGGUCCCUGCAAACGGUUCCAAGACAGCAAUUGUCCACGUGAAGUCUUUGAUCUCAUGAACCGCAAAGGCGCCGUGACAGCGUACCAUGAUAUGAUGGAUGAAAUUUCCGCUGACGAGAAUACGCGCGAUCGUCUCGGUGUUUUGAAGUUGAAGGCAAUCGACACCAUUGUCGAGAGGUUCCGCCCUCGUUUUUCCAAGUGCGGUGUGAAAGUUGUGGUGUGUGUGGCAGAUUACAGGUGCAAUCUUUACCGCUGGAUCGAAUUUGUGGACUCUGGUGCGAUCACUUACAUCUCCCCCUAUAAUUUCAAGAACACGGCCGGUCCCAAACUAAAAACUGCCCUUUCCACAAUCAAGUUUCAAAAGGGUGUGGCAGUGGAAGAGUUUCGUCAGGCUCUCUUUGGCAAAAGAGGCAGGCUCGUCAAGCAAACCCCCAAACAUGUGGAAAUCAUGAUCCGCGAAAAAGGUUUACAAGAAGAAUAUGAACGUCUCAUUCAGGAUUGCAUCCAUGAAGGAGUUGGAGGAUUCUUGGGGAGGUGGGACAUUGGGAAACUCAGAGAAGUCAUUCAACACUAUCGCCCCCUGUUUCAAGACAAAGGAGUUGCAUUGUUCCUUUGUCACACACAGGAACAUGUCCCUUCUGUUGAAGGAGGAGAACGAAUUGAGUAUUUCCGUUGGAUGGAGUUUGUGGACCGUAACAAGCUACCUCACUAUCGACCCGAACACAAUGGAGAAUAUCGCCAUGAAGAUCCGGGUUGUGCGAUUCUAUAG